AUGGCUCUUGUAAAAGAUGCUUUCACUAAAGUCAUAAGCAAUAUUGAACAUUUAGGUGAAAAAGAUUGGCAUAAUUGGGCUGAAAAUCAGAAAUGUAGUCCUGAUGAAAUCUUUCGACCUGUUAAUUUACAUGAUUUAAUAACCAUUGUAAAAAAAGCAAAAGAGAAUAAAAAGAAAAUUCGUUGUGCUGCUGCUGGUCAUAGUUGGAGUAGUCUUAGUGUUACUAAUGGAUAUUUGGUAAUAGUUACUAAUUUGAAUGAUAUUGAAAUUCAAUAUAAUGAAAAAUUGAAAACUUGGACAGUCACCACCGAAGCAGGUGUAUAUCUUAAAGAUCUCAAUGACAAGUUAAGGAAACAUAAUCCUCCAUUAGCAUUUGAUUCUUCGACUGUAUUGACCACCGUGACAACCUCCGGCGUUGUAUCAACUGGUUCUCAUGGCAUGAAGGUUGGCACUUCAAAUUUGUCGGAAAAAGUAAUCUCUUUUCAAAUUGUGACAUCCGAUGGUAAACUUCAUGAGUUUUCUGAUGAGAUAGAUCCUGUUGAAAUGAGUGCUGCUAGAAUCAGUCUUGGUCUCUUGGGAAUUAUAUAUAAGCUCACUUUUAAAGUCGAACCAAUGUUUAAUAUGAUAGAAAAAGAUAGUUUUCCAAACCUUUCUGAUUAUUGGAAAGCAAAAAACCUCAAAAAUGACGUAUUGACUUGUGAUAGUAUUGAAAUUUUAUAUUGGCCAUUCAAUACAGCUGGUCUUAAAGAAAAAAAUGAUAAGCUUUGGGUAAAAACUUACAAAAGAACCGAUAAGAAAGUUACGGAGAGUCAACUUGAAGUGAAAGCAGCAUCAGCCUUCCAAAGCUUUGGACUCAAAUUUGGAGAACAUCUUUAUGAAUACAUGGCUAAAAAUCCGGAAUGUACCCCAUUCAUGACUAACCUUCUUUUUAAUAUUGGUGUUAAUCAUGAACGUGAAAGGAUUCUACAAGCACCUGAUGCGAUUCAUUAUCAGUCUGGUAUCGACUACCUUCUUUGUAUGGAACAAGAGAUUAGCUUCAAGGUCAACCAUGAUUUUUCAAAUUGCAUCGAAGAAGUAAAUCAUAUUAUUAAACGGGUUUAUGAAUUGGCUGCAAUUAAUAAGUAUCCGUUAAACAUCACAGUAGAAUUUCGAAUCAAUAAGGCGUCCCAAUGUCUGCUUGCUCCGACAUAUGAUAAAGACCCAAAUGCUAAUUAUUGCUCAAUAACAGUCUUAUCUGUUAAUGGUACUAAAGAUUAUCUUGAUUUUUCAAUUGAAUUAGCCGAAAGAUGGAUGAAGAAAUAUAAUGCUCUACCCCAUUGGGGUAAACUUUGGGAACACAUACCUGGUAUUAUUCCGCAUAUACGUAAUACUAUUGGAAAACGUCUAAAUGAGUUUGAAAAAGUUAGAGCAAAGUAUGAUCCUGAUAAAUGUUUCUUUGAUAAUGA